AAUUUUAAUACCAUUUAAAUUUACUUCAUUCUCAUAAAAGAAAAUAUAUAAUUAUAAUGUAAAUACAAAGAAAAGAUCAUAGCAAAUUGGCAAUAAUUGGAAAUGUUGAUUCUGGUAAAUCAACCUUAGUUGGUGUAUUAACAAAAGGAAUUUUGGACGAUGGAAGAGGAGGUGCAAGAGAACGUGUCUUCAAUUAUAAACAUGAGAAGGAAAAUGGAAGGACUUCAUCUGUGGCCUAGGAGAUUAUGGGCUUCGAUGAGAAUUUGAAAUAGGUGUUACCUGAGAGAUUCAAUCAAAAUAAAAACAAAUACUGGAGUUAAGUUGUAGAGAAGAGUGAAAAGAUUGUGACCUUCUUAGAUCUAUGUGGUCAUGAGAAAUAUUUGAAAACCACUAUUUUUGGUUUAGUAGCAAUGAUCCCUGAUUACUCUUUGAUCAUUGUAGGCGCAAAUAUGGGUGUGUCAAAGAUGACAAGGGAACAUUUAGGUGUCAGUCUCUUUCUUAAAAAUACCAUUCGCCAUCGUCUUGACAAAAGUGGACAUAGCACCCUAAAAUAUUUACAACGAAACUAUAGAACAUAUCAAAUCUCUGAUAAAGAGUCCUGCGAUUAAAAGAACUCCAAUAUAAUUUGA